CACGUGACUUGGCCGCCACCGCCUCCUGCCCGCGCCAUGACCCAGCCUGUGCCCCGGUUCUCUGUGCCCACCGCGCUGGCCCUGGGCUCGGCCGCGCUGGGAGCUGCCUUCGCCACCGGCCUCUUCCUGGGCCCUGACCCAGCCCUGCCCUCCCCCUCCCUUCGGGCAGGGAGACGGCACCCCCCAUGGCGGUCCCGGCCAGAGAAGCGCCUGCUGCCCCCAGAGGACAGCCCCCUUUGGCAGUACCUGUUGAGCCGCUCCAUGCGGGAGCACCCGGCGCUGCGGAACCUGCGGCUGCUGACCCUGGAGCAACCGCAGGGGGAUUCCAUGAUGACCUGUGAGCAGGCCCAGCUUCUGGCCAACCUGGCGCGGCUCAUCAAGGCCAAGAAGGCGCUAGACCUAGGCACUUUCACAGGCUACUCGGCCCUGGCACUGGCCCUGGCGCUGCCCCCGGCGGGACGCGUGGUGACCUGCGAGGUGGACGCGGGUCCCCCGGAGCUGGGGCGGCCCCUGUGGAGGCAGGCUGAGGAGGAGCACAAGAUCGACCUUCGGUUGAAGCCCGCUCUGGAGACUCUGGAGGAGCUCCUGGCUGCAGGCGAGGCCAGCACCUUCGACAUAGCGGUGGUGGACGCGGACAAGGAAAACUGCGCUGCCUACUAUGAGCGGUGCCUGCAGCUGCUGCGACCCGGAGGUGUUCUCGCCAUCCUCAGAGUCCUGUGGCGCGGAGAGGUGUUGCGGCCUCAGCAGAGGGACACGGCGGCCCAGUGCGUGCGAAACCUGAAUGAGCGCAUCCUGCGGGACGCAAGGGUGCACAUCAGCCUCCUGCCCCUGGGUGACGGCCUCACCUUGGCCUUCAAGAUCUAGGGCUGGCCCCCAGAGAAUGACCUCGAGGGGAAGGACCUGGGACCCGGCCAUCCACCCUGAAUUUUUAACUAAUAAAGUGGGGUCUGGGGCACACAAUCUCCUGAGCCUCCAUAUGUGGCACUGAAGUGGGGGAGGGAGAGAAGGCCCAAUGCCGGCAGCUUCUUGAGCAGGUGACCUUAGGGAUCACGGACGUUCAUUCCCACUCACCCCCUCCCCAUGUUGUUAGUUGACGUCAAGUGGCUUCUAACACACGGCCACCCCAAGGGUAAAGAGUAGAAUUGCUCCAUAGGGUUUUGAAGGCUGUGUCAGAAACAGAUCGCCAGACCUACCUUCCGAGGCACCUCUGGGUGGGUCAGAACUGCAGACCUUUUGGCUGGUAGUUGAGGAACUGCAUCACCCAGGGGCUUUGACAGGCAGAGACCCUAGUUCCUCAGUUUGCCUCCACUCCACAGGUCUCAGGGCUGGAUGCAGGGUCUGCCUCCUACAUCUCUCCCUAUCAAGGGGCAGAUGAAGGUCCUGUUCAUUGCAGCUGAGACAGCAGGGAUGCCAGAUCUGACAGAAGGGAAGAGGCCUUGUGGGGAACCGGGGCUGUCACGGGUACUACCGUAGGUUGUGCCAGUUUUGCUGGCACUUUGCCCAUGCUUUCACAGAACCGUCAGCUCCUCAGCCUCACCUCUGCAGUGGAAGCCCUGGCAGUGGACAUCACCUCUGAGAACCAGGCCACUUGACCUAGACCUGAGGACCUCAAGGUUGGCUUGAGUGUUUUCUGCUCUCCUUCUGACAUCCUGGAAGGUGAGAGGCUGGCUGAGAUCACUGGCCAGGGAGCUGUGAAGCAGGUGCAUACAGCAGCAGACCAUCAGGAUGGCAGUUUUUAGCAAGUUCCCCAGAGGACAAUGAUGGUAACAGGCUUAGGCUUUCCAGCAUCAUUAUCCAUGAGGGGAGGUGGAAAGGGAACCAGACUUUAUCGAGCACCUUCAGACCAGGUGCUUUUAAAUCCCCGCAGUCCCAAAGAUUUUAAUUGCGGUGUCACAGAUGAAGGUCAGGUUCAGAUACUGCAUUCUUUCCACUAACACUGCCUCAGGCAGAAAUGGCAUGAGCCUAUAAUACAAACAGGUUUUGCCACCCCUGGUUAGGCCUGAAAGGUCCCUGAGUGGCACAACGCUCGACUACUAACCUCAAGGUUGGCAGCUGGAAGACGUACCCAGCAACACUGCAUUAUGAAGUCCUGGCGAUCUGCUUCCAUAAAGAUUACAGCCAAGAAAACCCUAUGGAGCAGUUCUACUGCCUAACACACGGGGUCACCAUGGAUCAGAAUUGACAGCAGUGGACCUGGUUUGGUUUUUGGAUGUGCUCCUGGAAGCAAGCUACAGGAGCAGCGAGAGCCCACAACUGGUGACUUCCACAAUCUCACAGCUCCUGGGAUAUGCCUUGAGUUGUGGACAACCCUAAAGGCCCUCUCAGUUCUCUCUCCCACUCAUGAAAGGGUAUUAGGAUACAUGUGGGUGAAUUCGUUCCUUGACAAACUGGUAGCUCCCUUGUGCCACCUCACAAGGCUGUGCCCUGGUCCCACGUAUUGGCCCAGGUAUGAGCAUCAGCAUGAGGGAGGCCCACCGUGUUACCUGAGGUGCAGCAGGUCAUCCAGGGGGCUGCAGCCGCUGUGACCAGGUUCCCUCCCUGCCUCAUACCAAAAGCAGUUUAUGAGAGUUGUCUUAUGAUCUUCCUCCAGGACCUCAGGCGAGAGGGCCAGAAAUAAACUCUUCAACAUUGAGGUCCUCAGGUCAAAUGGCUUGGUCCUCAGAGGUGAUGUCCACUGGCCGGGGCCGCCACACUUUUUCUGUACCCAAGUACAAGAGUUGCUUUCACACCUAGCUUGCACAGGCAUCUGUUUCUCUAUUUUGUUACCUUGCAAUAGAUUCUAACAAAUUGGUUCAAAUUCCAAACUUCUGCCACUAAGUCACGUUGUGUCUGUGGAGGGCCCUGAGAACCCAUCUUCUGAAUCAUGUGGGCCAUUCCAUCCAGUUCCUUAGGACAAACACCGUGGGACCAGAAAGGGCAUUUGUGUCCCAGGUCUACCUGUGUGGGAGCUUGGUUGGGCUCUAAUCAAUCUCUCAUCAGAUUCUUCACCUGGAAAUUCUGAGCAUCUAUCUUUUCUUAAGUGAUAAGUCCCAAAGUUUACCGCACUCUCUCAUUGUUCUGUCUCAUACAUCAAACUCUACUUAAGGCCUAGCAGUAUGGAUUUGUUGAAUAAUUUCGCCUGCCCUUCUCUUUGAUCAUUCCUUCCAAACUAUCUUCUCCCAUCAGAAAACUUGCUUUCCUACUUUUCCACUCCGAAUCACUUAUCAUUAAUUUCUAUCAUUUGUGCCCGAGUCUUCACUCCAGAUGAAGGCCGAAGGCCAGAUAGCCUGAACGGGGGCGCCUCUGGUCUCACACCUAGGCCAAGCUUUUCAGUCCAGUGUCUGUCUGGAAGGAAAUGAGUGAGGACCUCUCACUGGUGCCCAGAGACUCCCCUCUCACAGUCCCUCUGGUUUCUGACACUAUCUACACCUUGCGCCAUUCCCCUCCAUCUAGUCCCAUUUCACCAAACCAGAGCCAAGUACAUUUCCCCAUGUAUCAACAGCAGCAGCUCACGGGGUGUGGCACGUGUGACUAUAACCCCUCAGCACCACGCCUCUAUUUUCCUUUCUUGAUUUACUCUCCAAGCCUUUGGAGAGUGAACAAUGGAUACAGUGUAAUUUUGCACAAACUGAAGGGUAUAAAAGCACGUACCUUCUUGUUUUACUGUAAUCUAAAAAAGUUUCUGGAACUACUCUAGAAACACAGACUGACUUGGUGGCACAGAUACAGGAAAAGAGCAAAAUGCUCACCAGGAGAAAAUAAAGUAUUAGCUGCACACCAGGGAACUGUGACCCUACCUGGCAAAUUUUUAACUCUGCAAAUACUUGGAGUCAUAAUUAUGUAUACUUGUUUUAUUCGUAAUUUGUAAUGCUCCUGUAUACC